UAACCACACACCGAAUUUUCUUUCAUUUAGGCGAUCUAUAUAUAUCUAUAUCUUAUAUCUAUUUUAAAUAACUUAAAACCGCUAAAAUUUGGGGGGGAACAGCCUUCGCCCUGGAGCGGUGCGCGAUGCUGUCUCACGCCGACCUCCUGGACGCCCGACUCGGAAUGAAAGAUGCAGCCGAGCUGCUGGGACACCGGGAGGCGGUGAAGUGCCGGCUGGGCGUAGGGGGCUCUGACCCGGGAGGGCACCCGGGAGACAUGGCUCCCAACUCGGACACGGUGGAAGGGGCCACCCUCCUGCCCGGGGAGGACAUCACCACGGUGGGCUCCAACCCGGCCUCCUUGGCAGUCAGCGCCAAAGACCCCGACAAGCAGCAGGGGCAGCCGGGCGGGCAGAACCCCAAUCAAACGGGACAGCAGCAGGGACAGCAGAAACAGAAACGGCACCGGACCCGCUUCACCCCGGCGCAGCUUAACGAGCUGGAAAGGAGCUUCGCCAAGACCCAUUACCCAGACAUCUUCAUGAGGGAAGAGCUGGCCCUGAGGAUCGGCCUCACCGAGUCCCGGGUCCAGGUCUGGUUCCAGAACCGGCGGGCCAAGUGGAAGAAGCGCAAGAAGACCACGAACGUGUUCCGGGCGCCGGGCACGCUGCUGCCCACGCCGGGCCUGCCGCAGUUCCCCUCGGCCGCCGCGGCCGCCGCCGCCGCCAUGGGCGACAGCCUGUGCUCCUUCCACGCCAACGACACGCGCUGGGCCGCGGCCGCCAUGCCGGGCGUGUCGCAGCUGCCGCUGCCGCCGGCGCUGGGCCGCCAGCAGGCCAUGGCGCAGUCGCUGUCCCAGUGCAGCCUGGCGGCCGGGCCGCCGCCCAACUCCAUGGGCCUGUCCAACAGCCUGGCGGGCUCCAACGGCGCCGGCCUGCAGUCGCACCUCUACCAGCCCGCCUUCCCCGGCAUGGUGCCCGCCUCGCUGCCCGGCCCCAGCAACGUGACGGGCUCGCCGCAGCUCUGCAGCUCCCCGGACAGCAGCGACGUGUGGCGGGGAACCAGCAUCGCCUCCCUCCGCCGCAAAGCGCUGGAGCACACAGUCUCCAUGAGCUUCACCUAA